UUCACCCUUGAAGAAACUCUCCUAUUAGCCAAUACCCGCAAGCAGAACUGUGUCUCUGAGUCUCAGCCCUGACAAUGGCGGGAAUGGGAAAGCAAGUCGCCGGCGACGGCUUGUCGGCGAAUCUCACCGGAAUGUCCAAAAACCAGCUCUACGAAAUCAUGUCUCAGAUGAAGACGUUGAUCGAACAGAACCAGCAACAGGCGAGGCAGAUCCUCAUCCAGAACCCGCUUCUCACUAAAGCUCUUUUUCAGGCGCAGAUAAUGCUUGGAAUGGUGCAGCCUCCUCAAGUGAUUCCAAACAUUCAGCCUCCACCUUCACAACCUUCUCAGCAAUUAACACAAGCUACUCAGCAAUCAAACGUACAGGCUACUCAGGCAUUGUCAGGUCAAGUGGGUCUGAAAGACCAAACUGGUGCACCUCAGAUUCGAACUCCUGCACGGAUGCAACAUCAGUACCAACCUGUAAUGGCUACAUCUACCGCAAUUCCUGGUGUAAAUAUACCAUCUCAGCCUAUGCCUUUACAUCCCCUGCAGACACCACAACAACCUAAAGGGCAUUUGAAUGCCCAGGUUACUCCAACAUCUCUUCCACAAUCUUCUCAGCUUCCUAAUGUCCCUGCUCUUCCUCUUCAUUCUUCUUCACAAUUACCUCAGCUUCAUCAAUCCCAUAUGCCUACAGCAUCCAGCCAGUUGCAACAGUCCUUGCCGACAACAGGGAUCCCGCAUAUGCCACUACAAACACCAUUGCCACCACAACCAAGACCACCUUCAAUGGCUACUUUCCAACAUCAGUAUCCACCACAAAUGUCAGCUAAUAUGGGCUUCCAACAUCCUGGCGCUCCUCAGCAUCUUUCACAGCCUCCAUAUCAUCCAGGUACUAGGCCUCCUAACCUUGGGCCAUCGUUUCCACAUGCACAGCUUCCACUACCAAGUCAGCCACCUCCACAAUCAGUGUAUCAGGCUGGAACAGAAUUCAAUAAUCAAGUUGGAAGUAACAUGCAAGCAGAUAGAGGAUCUGCAUGGAUGUCUGCUCCGCCAGAAAAUCCAGCACUAACACAGCUCUCAGCAGCACCACCACCAUUAGUUCCGGGCCAGAUGGGCCCUGGCAAUCAGUCUGCUCGGCCCCCAUCGUUGACCCCCGAGAUGGAGAAGGCCCUGCUUCAACAGGUCAUGAGCCUCACACCAGAACAAAUUAACCUCCUGCCUCCUGAGCAGAGAAACCAAGUUCUACAGCUGCAGCAGAUACUGCGCCAAUGAACAUCGAAUAUUAAUUAUUUCGGUUUCGGAAAAGAAGCAGGAAGGCAUUAUGACCUCAAGUUUUGCUUCAUGAGGCUGAGAUUUCUUUUCCGUUCCCUGUAAUUUGAACAACUGGUUGGCUGCUGCGGGAGCCAUCCUUAGAGUUGAUGCAGAAUUGGUGAAGACAAGUUGCAGUAACAUGCUGAAUAUCAUCACAUUGGAAUUCACCAUAGCUCUGCCCAUUACCUGGCUGGGACGCUCUCUUGUUUCGAUUCUUGUCCUGCGUUCAGGAAGGAAGUUUUUUAUAUUUCUAAUUUGUAGAGAGAGAGUCGGAAAGGAGGGAUUUCGAGAGAAGAGAACGGAUACUUGUGGAUUUUCCCUGAAACUUUUUUUUUUCUCUCUCAAUGAAUGUUCAUUUUCAAUCUAAAAUUUUUUACCUUUUUUUUU